AUGACGACAACCGUGACGAGGAAAAAGAAGCCCGAGUGAAAAGGAAAAGAGUGGGAAAAAAAAACAACUAAUUAAAGUCACAAGUUCUCAUGUGUACUUUGUAUGAUAUAAAGGAAACGUCCUUGUGACAGAGCCGCAGUGUAACUGUGUACAUCCCAUAUUGUCCGGGUUCCUCUCCGGCUGCUAUUUACGCAUGAAACUGUGACUAAAAAAAUCCCAAAGUCAACUUUUAACACCGGAGCGACUUUGUGGAAAUGGGCUUCCUCGCGUCCGUAUGGGAGUCUCGAGUCUUAGUGGACUAAAAAACAACAUUGCCAGCCGCAAUAUUUACAUUUACAAUGUAUUAGGAGCCCGCAGAAGAGAGACAUGGCAGACAGAAGGACGUACAACGUUGUGGUUUUAGGUUUGGGCUUUCUGUUCAUCUUCACCGCCUUCACGACCUGCGGGAACGUGGAACAAACUGUCCUGAAAAGUCUGAAGAAUUAUACUGUCAAUGGGAGCGGUUACCACAGUCUUGGGAUCAUCUAUGGGGUCUUUUCAUUCUCCAAUCUGAUUGCACCAACAAUUGUCUCAAUAAUUGGAGCAAAGUGUUCCAUGUUUUUGAGUGGACUUCUUUACAGUGGUUACAUUGCAGUGUUCAUCAUCCCCUCCACAUGGUCCUUUUACCUGACCUCCGUGCUCAUCGGUUUUGGAGCAGCCUUGCUCUGGACGGCUCAAGGACACUUCCUGGUGGAAAACUCAGAAGCUUCCACCAUCAACAGGAACACUGGGAUGUUCUGGGCCCUCCUCCAGUGCAGCAUGCUGUUUGGGAAUCUUUACAUUUAUUUUGGCUGGAAUGGCAGCUCAGAAAUUUCAGACAUCAGCCGGAGAAACAUUUUUCUUUUCCUGUUGGUCGCCUCCGUCCUCGGCACACUCAGCUUCCUGGCGUUGAGAAAGAGCCAUCAUGAAGAAGAGAUGCUCUCUGAAGAGGAGGGGCAGCCGCUGCUCUCGGCUCGUACCAAGUACAAGAACAGAGCAAACACGGCUCUGCAGGAUACCAAGUCAGAAUUCAAAACCAUCCUGCAGCUGCUGAAGACUAAAACAAUAAUGCUCCUCAGUCCCUGCAUGGCAUACAGCGGCCUGGAGCUGUGUUUCUACAGCGGCGUGUACGGAACGUGUAUCGGAGCAACCACGCACUUUGGAGAAGCUGCUAAAGGCUUGAUUGGGAUCUCUGGGAUUGUGGUAGGGCUCGGAGAGAUUGUAGGUGGAGGCUUGUUCGGGCUGCUGUGCAAGAACAGCCGUUUCAGGCGAACCUCUGUGGUGUUUCUGGGAAUGAUUGUCCAUUUCAUUGCUUCCUAUUUGAUCUUCCUCAACAUCCCGGAUGAUGCACCGGUUGUCUAUGAAACCACCACCCAAAAGAGUCCAUAUCUGACUCCAAGCGUAUCCAUUGCACUGCUGUGCAGCUUCCUGCUCGGACUCGGUGAUAGUUGUUUCAACACCCAGCUCUACAGCAUCCUCGGCAAUGUUUAUGCCGAACAAAGCACACCUGCUUUUGCCAUCUUCAAAUUCAUCCAGUCCGUUUGUGCAGCCGUGGCGUUCUUCUACAGCGGUUAUCUCCUGCUAACGUGGCAGCUCCUGCUGAUGGUCAUCCUGGGUUUCACCGGGACCCUCUGCUUCUUCGUGGUGGAGAGGAUGCAGGACUUCUUUGUGGAGGAUAUGCCGGAAGAUUAGGAAGAACGGGUUCCCAUUUCAGCUUUGAUUGUUUUCUGGGGCCGACGCUCUUUGGAAAGUGGAGCCAUCAGAACAAGCCUUCGUGACCACGAAGCGGUAAAGGUCUUGUAGAGACUGAGCUCAGAAUAGUUGCCAGAACCGAUGUGUUGCCUGGAACCAAGAUGCUUAUUAGGUGGUUAUCAAGGCACAUGCAUCAAGCUUUCCAGACUAUCCUUAUCGCUGAGCUUUACACGGUGAUCAUUAAUCCUUAACCUCAUUUCCACACCACAGAAGCACUAGACGUGGCCUGACUUUGUAGGUUUACAUAAUAACCCCCGGUUUAUCAUUUAUUUGCAGCUGUUCCAACUCAGAUUUGUCAUUAUGAUAGAACAAUUAUUUUAUUAAUUUUAAAACAUCUAAUUUUGUUUAACAUUUUAAGCAGGUAUAAGCUUAAAUACUAAUUCAUGCCUGACAAUCACUACUCUUCUUUGUUUUCGUACAUUUUUCAUACUGAUGUUAAUGUUUUCUGUAUUU